AUGGACAGUAUGAGCACCAGCAGUCUUCACAAGGCUUCCCGCAUGGCGGAACUGGCAGACACGAUCCGGAAAUCGGUGGCAGAGCUGGAUACUAUCCUGAAAAGCAAAGGAGUACCGUCCCCGUCUUUUGAUGAAGAUGCCUCCCCUGGUCCACUCCCAUCCGAGGCACAAAAAGCUCAAGACGCAGUUCUCGAUGCCACGGCCGAGCUGCAUGACAUUUUGCUCGAGCCUACUGCCUUGGUCCUGAAGACCAUCUCUAACGAAUAUGUUGCCUUUUUUGGUUUUAUUUCCCGCCAUGACAUCCCCAACUUUGUCCCCCUGGGCGGGCGGGUGUCAUUCAACGAAAUAUCCAAAAAGACCGGCGUUGAUGAGUCGAUUGUCAAGCGACUUCUGCGUUCCGCCAUGUGUAGGCGUGUCUUCCAGGAACCGGAACCUGGCCAAGUCGCCCACACCAAGGCUUCGAAAGCGAUGAGAUCGAAGGUUCUUCUUGCCUUCUUGCGAACAGGGGCGGACAUGGGAUGGUAUACGAUUUUCAAGCUUGUCGAUGCAGUAGAGAAGUGGCCGGAUGUUCAAGAACAGGAUCAAACAGCUUUCAAUCUCGCCCACAACGUGGAGGGCACGUACUUCGAAAACGUGGCCAAAGACGCCAAGAACGCGGAGCUCUUUGCAAGCGGCAUGGCGACGCAGUGGGAGCUCCCAGGCUACGAGCUGCACCAUCUACUCGACGGAUACGACUGGGAAGGGCUCGGCAAUGCCAAGGUGAUCGAUGUUGGGGGUUUCAGGGGCCGCAUUUCCAUCGCCUUGGCCGAGCGCUUCCCCAACCUCGACCUCCUCGUGCAGGACAUGGAGAUGAACGAGGCCGAUGCCCAUGCAGCCGUGCCCGACGCGCUCAAGGACCGCGUCCAUUUCAUGUCGCGUGACAUCUUCACGACGCAGCCUGUCCGUGCCGAGGUCUACUACAUCCGUCAGAUCUUCCACGACUGGUCCGACAAGUACUGCACCAAGUUGCUCCGCGCCCACACCGCCCAUCUCGAGGCCGGAGCGAGGGUCCUGAUCCAUGAUUGCCUUCUCCCAGAAGUGCCUGGCACAAGCUCCCUGCCUCUCUGGAAGGAGCGAGACAUGCGAGCCAUGGACUUGGGGUUGGUCGCACACAUGAAUGGCCGGGAGAGGAGCGUCGAAGAGUGGCACAAACUCGUUACUGAGGCUGACCCGAGGUUUGAGAUCCGUCAGAUUCACGAGUCGAAAAACUCAAUGCUGGCGUUGAUUGAGGUUGUGCUUAAGACCUAA